AUGCGAAUGUCGAUCGGCCAACCCAGCAACACAGCACAUCCGCCGGACCCCGGUUCUCUCUGCCACGACUCCGCUGAUGCACAUUCACCACCCGAACAGCGCUUGCUAGUCUCACCGCCUCGUUUCACCCGAUCCCACCCCAUCAUCUCCUGCUCUCCCCAGUACGGCCAGCCCUCAAAGCGCGAGAUGUGCUUUGAUAAUAUCAAAGUUUCUGCCUCAGCUUGGGACACUAACUUGGCCGCUGCAAAUCCGAAGUUCCUUUCUGUCAACUACCAAGCUUCUGGCGGGGGCGCGUUUCUGGUCGUCCCAUUGACCCACACUGGAAAGCUACCGGACUUGUACCCACUCUGUCGCGCACACACUGCACCCGUCCUCGACACUUCCUUUUCGCCGUUCUCAGAUACCCUUAUUGCCUCGUCAGGCGAGGAUGGUAAGAUCGUGCUCACCCACAUCGACGAGGACAGGCUCACUGCUGCUCUGAAGAUCGAGAAACCCGAAGUCAACGACCUUGAACCUGUACUCAGGCUGACCGGCCACGUCCGAAAGGCUGGCCAUGUCAAGUGGCAUCCUGUGGCUGAGAACGUCCUGGCCAGUUCCAGCUUGGAAGUCAAGAUAUGGGAUGUUGAGAAAGCGGCUUGUGUAGUCGAACUGCCUCAGCAACCUGACAUGGUCGGCAGCAUGAGCUUCAACUGGACCGGCACCCUCCUAGCUACGACUUGCAAAGACAAAAAGCUCCGGAUCUAUGACCUGAGAUCUGGCGAAUUGACGACCACGGCUGAUUCGCACACCGGUAUCAAGGGAUCUCGGGUCGAGUGGAUGGGACGUCUCGAUAGGAUCUGCACGACGGGCUUCAGCAAAUUCUCCGACCGCCAAGUCUUUGUCUGGAACUCGGCAGAUAUCUCAAAAGGGCCGAUCAAACAGUUGACCAUUGAUACCAGCUCUGGUACUCUGAUGCCAUUUUGGUCUGAUAAUGAUAUUUUGUUUCUCGCCGGGAAAGGGGAUGGCAACGUUCGUUAUUACGAGUACGAAGCUGACGAGCUACACUACCUGUAA